AUGAGGCCAGGUGGACAGAUCUUGAAUGGGCCCUCCAGCUCUGAGCUCCAGGAUGAGAAGCACCUCCAGGGCCAGGUUUUCUUCCUAGAACUGGGCCAGCAAGGGGUGCUGGGGCGGCCUUCGCCCCCGCGCGGAAGAAUUGGGCCCACCAACCGGAGCCCAGAGCGGGGCGGGGGCGGUGCCCGGGCGGGGCGGGGCGGGGCGGGACGGCGGGGAGGCGGCAGGCUUGCGGCGCCGCGGGCCAGUUGCGCGGAGAGCGCGGGGUCGGUGAGCCGUACGUGCGGAGGGCCUCGGGCGGGCGCCGAGGGACCUCGCCGGGCCAUGGCACCUCCUGUCAAAGCGAAAAGGAAACAGUCAGAGGAGGGUGAUCCCCUAGACCCAUCUGUGUCCCCCCAACCUGAUGCUGAGCAGAGCAGAAGCCAGAGCCCUGUCCAUCUGGAGGACUCCCCCGAGGCAGGCGGGGAGCGGGAGGAGGACCAGGAGCGGGAGGAGGAGCAGGCCUUCCUGGUCAGCCUCUACAAGUUCAUGAAGGAGCGACACACGCCCAUCGAGAGGGUGCCCCAUCUCGGCUUCAAGCAGAUUAACCUGUGGAAAAUCUACAAAGCAGUGGAGAAGCUGGGGGCCUAUGAGAUGGUGACGGGCCGCCGCCUCUGGAAGAACGUGUACGACGAGCUAGGGGGCAGCCCGGGCAGCACGAGCGCAGCCACGUGCACACGCCGCCACUACGAGAGGCUGGUGCUCCCAUAUGUGCGGCAUCUGAAGGGGGAGGACGACAAGCCGCUGCCCCCCUCCAAGCCCAGGAAGCAGUACAAGAUGGCCAAGGAGCCCCGGGGGGAUGACGGGGCCCCUGAGAAGCCGAAGAAGGCCAAGGAGGAGAAGCGGUUGGACCAGGUAAGCCCUAAGCCCGCCUGGGGCCCAGCGGACGCUGGGCCUCCCUCUCCCCGCCCGUGCCAUGGCUGCAGAGCUCCCUGCCCAGGGAUACCCAGAACCUGCUCUGAGGGCAGAUCCGGGGUGGGGGCAGGGGGGCCUCCGGGGCAAUGGUUGCACAAGUUCAAAUGAGGGGCCACGUCGGGUCUGAAAUCGUCUGCACCUUGGUCACCAGGCCCCAUGUCCUGAUGCCAGGAGGAGGGCUGUCGCCACGGGGCAGGCAGCCCCCAUGGGGACCCCCAGGCAUCCCCGGCUGUUCUCGUCCCGGAAAGUCCGCAGAGCCCGGGAAAGCCAGCUGAGAACUCCAGGCACCGGCUGACCCCUCAGGAGGGAUUACAGGCCCCAGGUGGCAGCCUCAGGGAGGAGGCUCAAGCGGGUCCCCGCCUGCCAGCCCCCAUCUUCACUGGCUGUUUCCAUGCGUACCCCACUGAGGUGCUGAAGCCUGUCAGCCAGCACCCCCGGGACUUCUUGCCCAGUUUUAAAGAUGGGGUGCUCUUGGGGCCUCCUGGCAAAGAGGAGGGCCUGGCGGUGAAGGAGCCCCAGCUGGUGUGGGGCGGGGACGCCAACCGCCCGUCUGCAUUCCAUAAAGGCAGCUCUAGAAGGGGCAGCCCCUACCCCAAGCCCAAAGCCUGCUGGGUGUCCCCCAUGGCCAAGGUCCCUGCCGAGAGCCCUGCUCCCCUCACUACCUUCCCUAACAGCCCAGGCCUGAGCAAGAAGCGCAGCCUGGAAGAAGAGGGCUUGGCCCAUGGUGGCAAAAAACUGCGGGCCGUGUCUCCCUUUCUUAAGGAGGUGGACACCAAGGAGUGUGGGGCCAAAUCCAUGGGGUCUGGCUUGGCCGUGUCCUGCCUGCUGGGCCCAGCGCUGGGGCCUGCUCUCCCCGAGGCCUAUAGGGGAACCAUGCUGCGUUGCCCACUGAACUUUGCUGGCACCCCGGACCACUUAAAGGGCCAGGCCACGCUCCCCUUCAGCCCCCUGGUCAUCCCUGCCUUGCCGGCCCACUUCCUGGCCACGACAGCGCCCUCCCCCGUGGCCACGGGUCUGAUGCACUUCCCCCCGGCGUCCUUCGACAGCACCCUUCGCCACAGACUUUGCCCAGCCUCGUCUGCAUGGCACGUGCCACCUGCCACAACCUACGCAGCACCCCACUUCUUCCACCUCAACACCAAGCUUUAGGUCCGAGCCCGCAGUGCUGUGCUGUGCAGGGUCUGAAAUGGCCUGCGCUGGGGAGGCACUGCCUGGGGUCUGGGCUGGAGCCUUGUCCCCAGGAGAGCUUGGCUGUACGCAAUGCGGGAACAUGCCCCUGUCUGGGCAGCCCGUCACAAAGAGGGAGGCCGUGGGAAAACCGGGUUUGUCUCAAGGAAGCAGCCUAAGCCUGGGGCCCCAGUUGUUGCGGGGCCUCGGGAGAAGACAGUGCUUGGCUGGCAGCCCCCAGCUAGGUCCCCAGAGUGGAAGCCAGGAACGUGCUGAAGGGCUGAAGCGCUGGGUAGCAGCUUGAGGUAUCCAGGCUGCCCAUGGAAAAUCCAAUAAAAGACGAACGUGAAUC